AUGGCUGGAACGGAAAUGGGCAAACCGUCACUGGGAUCUCUGCCAGUACCGUUUACGGAUCAAGCCACAGGUCUCAUAGAUACACCAGAACAACAGGUCACGCCCAAGGCCUCUAUCUCGUACCUGAGAAGGCGCGACUCUGCUCGGUCCCAGACUCCACCGGAGAAGGGUCCUAGCUAUCAGCGUGUUGAAGAAAUCAAUAUCGAUGACGAGAAACUCUUUCUGGGAUGUGAAAAGGGGGGAGAGAGGCUUGAGCAGAACGAGCUGUUGACGUGGGAUGAGAUCGAGUUUUGGCAGCAAGACAACGAGUACAUCACAUCCGGAUAUCGAGCACCCUCGAGAUCCAUCUGCAAGUCUCUGAAGAGCCUCUUUCGUAUCCAUAAUGAGACAGUAAACAUCUACUCGCACCUCCUCGGCGGCCUCCUCUUCACUUGCCUACCCCUCCUCAUCAGCAGCCAAAUCUCCACACGCUACCCCGACGUCGGCCUAGGCGACAUCAUCGUCUUCUCGAUGUUCUUCUUCGGAGUCGCGACAUGUUUCCUGUUAUCCGCUGCCUUCCACACGUUGAGUAACCACAGCGAAACGGUAGCCACGCAAGGGAACCAGCUCGACUACCUCGGCAUCGUGAUCUUGAUGUGGGGAUCCACCAUCCCUUCCGUCUACUACGGUUUCUGGUGCAAUCCUGAACUACAGAAGCUGUAUUGGGGCGCGCGAGCAUCGACUGAUGGAGAGAGCCAGGUCACGCUGCUGGCAUCGCUAUGCACAGUAGCAACUUUCUCUUCUCGAUUCAACAGUCCCGGUCUGAGACCGUGGAGGGCAGGUAUGUAUGCCUGUCUCGGGCUCUGCGCACUCGUGUUCGUCGUCCAUGGCCUGGUGUUGCACGGCUGGGAGGUCCAGCGGAGGAGGAUGGGGCUGGAGUGGAUGGGCGUCAUGACGGCGCUCAAUCUGGUAGGCGCGGCGGUGUAUGUGUGGAGGAUCCCAGAACGGUGGGUACCGAUGAAGUGCGAUAUUUAUGGGAGUAGCCACCAGAUCUUCCAUGUCAUGGUGGUGUUUGCAGGGCUGGCGCACAUGUUUGGAUUGUUCGGGGCGUUUGAGUAUGUAAAGGGGGAGCAGAACAAGUGUGUGCUUUUGUAG